AUGGACGGCCAUCCACUUGCUUCCAUACCACCACUUACGCUUCAUGCCGGCGUCAAUCGAGAUCAAAUCAACGCGGGUGACAUUGUGGCCGACUGGCUCGCUGCUCUAGAGAAGCGUCCCAAGAACGGUCUGUCUACUGACCUCUCGGACCUUUUUAUUGAUGAUUCCUGGUGGCGGGACUUCGCCGGGCUCUCCUGGGAUAUAGUGACAAAGCACAGUCUCGAAGAUGUUGCAGAGUACCUCACUAGCUCGACCACUGGAUUCGGACAGCUGACUGCCAUCAAAACCGGCGGUCUGCAGGCGAGCUUGGUAGACAUGCACGGAUCCAUCUGGAUCCAGGGUGGAUUUACUUUCCGGACAAGCGAUGGCUCGGGCACCGGUCUGGUCCGAUUGAUCAAUGUGGACAAGUUUCAGUGGAAAGCAUGGAUAGUCUUCACUCAACUUGAGAGACUCAACAAUCAAGACGAGCUUGACAGCCAAAGGUUACGACAAUCCUACACCCAGUCAAGGCUCGCCAAUGGCGUCAAUGGGGAGAAGAAGGACGACCUUCAGGUCCUGAUCGUCGGUGCAGGGCAAUCGGGCCUCAUGCUCGCCGCACAGCUUAAGAACAUGGGGAUCAAGGCAUUGCUCGUUGACAAGCUCCCCCGACUCGGUGACAUGUGGCGCUCCAGAUACGAAACAGUCAGGACCCAUACACCCAUCUAUACCGACCACUAUCCCUUCCUCAAAUUCCCCACCAACUGGCCCCGAUGGCUUGAGCAGGAUAAGAUUGCCGGCUGGAUGGAACAUUACGGACAAGUGAUGGGACUUGACUAUUUGCUCAGCACGACCGUGAGCAAGAUUGACUACGAUGAGGAGGCCCGUCGAUAUACCGUCGAGGUGGAAAAUGAAGAUGGCAAGCAGACCUUCCACCCUCGGCAUCUUGUUUUAGCCACCGGCGUGUUCAGCCGGCACCCAAUCGAACCCGAAAUCCCAGGCAGAGACUCGUUCAAGGGCGAGACAUAUCACUCAAUGCACCACAAAGCCGCACGCCUCAUCCCCGACCUAGCCAACAAACGCAUCGCCAUCAUCGGCUCUGGUACCAGCGCCCACGACAUCGCCCAGGACUUUGUCAACUCGGGGGCGAAACAAGUAUCGAUCGUCCAACGAAAUGCCAUCUUCUCUGUCUCGGCCAAAGCGCUUGAAGAUGCCUACCUGUCCUUCUGGAACACGCCCGGCGUCUCCACCGAGGAGGCAGACAUCAUUGCCAACUCUUUCCCCACCGCAGUGGGUCGGACGCUCAACAUCGGACAAACGCAGAUGAUGGAGGAGCAGGACAAGGAGCUAAUCGAGGGCCUGGAGAAGGCAGGUCUGAAGUUGAAACGAGCAAAGACGGCGGGGUACGGCUUUAUCGAUCACCUCGUGGUGAAGACCGGACACUUCUACAUUGAUCAGGGAGCUAGUCCGAUGAUUGUGGAUGGGAGAAUCAAGAUCUACUCGUGCGAGGAGGGGGUCAAGGAAUUCGUUCCCGACGGGGUCGUCCUGGCCAAUGGGACGAAGGUGCCGGCCGACCUGGUCGUUCUGGCGACGGGUUAUCAGAGAAAUGUCCUGACCGUCGAGGAGCUCAUGGGGAAGAAGGUGGCCGACAAGGUUGGCGAUCUGGGCUACCUCGACAGCGAGCAGGAGCGGAUCGGGUGGUGGAGGCCGACGGGCUUCCCGGGCUUCUGGUACAUGACCGGCAGCUUCAUCUGGGGGCGCCAGUUUUCGCCCAUCCUCGCUCUGCAGAUCAGCGCCAUCGAACAGGGCCUGAACCCAGGGUAUUGGGAACAAACACAGCGGAACAACAAGGGGAUAGGCGCGGUCGCACACAGAGUGUAG